AUGUUCAUGCCGCAGUCUGCAUCCCUGCAUGCUCCAGAAGUCCGUAGAAGGUUGGAUGGGCCAGCCAGAGACGUGAUCAGAAGAGUGCGCUCAUUUUUUGUGGAGUUGAAAUGUCAGUUGGGAGAAGAGUCGGUCGGAACCAUCUUCAAUUCUCCGGCCCGCCUGACUGCCCUGGCCUGCGGAGUAUCGGUUCCGACGGUUUGGAACAUCACCCGCCAGGACAGCGACCCCGAACGUCCACGUAGGCGCAGCAAGAAAGAUCUAAUCAGGGACAUCAUGGACAAGCAUGCAGAAAACUGGGGCGAAGUUGUGCGCCAUGCCGUGCACAACAAACUGCGGCAGGAGACGGACGUGACCGUCGAAGAGGUCAGGAACGAACUUCAGGAAGCCUACCCCACUUUUAGAAUGUCGCACGGAGUAUUCUACUACUUCUUGCGGGGGUUGGGCUUUUCAUAUAAAAUCAACAAAAAUCAGCCCUUUAUAUUUGAGCGCCCGGAUCUCGUCCACAAGAGGGCUGUAUACCUUUCGGCCAUAGAGUCAGCCAGAAACCGAGGGAGCUGUCUCGUUUUUAUGGACGAGACGUGGAUUUUUGCCUCUAUGACAAAAGUGAGGGGAUGGAAUGAUAACAAUAUCCCCCGGUUCGCUCCUGCCUCAGUUUUUCGCGAAUAUUCCUACGGGAAAACUGCUGCAAAAAACAAAGGGCGUCGAGCAAUCGUCGUCGGUGCAAUCACCGAAGAAGGCGUAGUCCCCGGGUGCACCGAGGUAAUCAUUAGUGGCGUAAGGGAUGGUGCAGAGGACUACCACCGCGAUAUGAAUCAUGUGGUGUUCGAGAACUGGUUGCGAGCAGCCAUCCCUCGCAUGCAAGCUGUUGCGGCUGGUCGCCCUCUUGCAUUGGUCUUCGACAAUGCACCUUAUCACAGCCGACAGCUCGAAAAGAUCCCCACCCGGUCGUCGCGAAAAGCCGACAUUGAGAGCUACCUCAGGAAAGAAGGCGUGAUGGUCGCUAGCAAUAGCUCGAGAAAUGAACUUUUGGAAGAGCUCCGCACGUUCGUAGCCAGUCGCGGCGGCAUGAGUGCUUUACGCACUUAUGUCGUUGAUAGCAUCUGUAGCGAGCAGGGGGUUGCAGUGAUAAGGUUGCCCCCCUUUCACUGCUUUUUUAAUCCAAUUGAAUCGUGUUGGAGCCAAUUGAAAGCACACCUGCGGAAGGUCGGUAAGCCCGGGGACACUCUAGAACUGGUCAGAACGAGAGCAAUGGAGUGGAUGAACGCCUUGCCCCUAGCAUUAUGCACCGGCUGGUUUAGGCAUGUUGCUGGCGAACAAAACGCCGCGAGGUCAAAAAUCGCCGAGGAUCUCGCUAACUCAAACACUAACAGAAGCAAUCCUCCUCCAGAUCCACUGGAUCUGGAGGGUUGGUCUUCUGAUGAUGAGGAAGGUGAAAGCUCAUCCGACAUAAGCGACCUGGAGGAUCAUUUCAGAAGAGUCAGAUGA